AUGGGCUUCUCCAACGACAAGAUGGGCGACGACAUUGAGUACGGCAGCCAACUCAAGGCAGAGGAAACCAACGCGCAAGGCCAGACUGAUGCCGUCUUCGGUGAGGUUGUCGAGGGAGGACCAAACUACCGCAGCGUCAGCUGGUGGGGUUCAUCCAUCAUCAUGAUGAAGACACAGAUCGGUCUCGGUGUGCUAUCCAUUCCCGCUGCGUUCGAUGCCCUAGGUCUCAUCCCAGGCAUCAUUUCGCUGCUUGCCAUCGGAUUGAUCACACUGUGGUCUGGCUACAUGGUCGGCACAUUCAAGAUGCGUCAUCCUGAAACGUACGGUAUCGAGGAUGUGGGGCAGAAGCUGUUUGGGCGCGCCGGCCGCGAGGUGCUCGGUUUGGCGUUCGCUUUGUUGUGGACGUGCGUCGCUGGCUCCGGUAUGCUGGGUAUCUCCAUCGGAUUGAACUCGUUGUCUGAGCAUGGCACGUGUACUGCUGUCUUUGUGGCUGUGGCCUGCUUUGUGGGCUUCGCACUUGCUUCGAUCAAGACACUGGGAAAGCUCUCUUGGAUUGCGUGGGUUGGUCUUGCUGGUAUCAUGUCAGCCAUCAUUACCCUUACCAUCUCAGUCGGCAUCCAGGAUCGCCCUUCUGCGGCGCCUCAAUUCGGCCCCUGGCAAUCUGACUUUGAGCUCUUCAAGUCGCCCACCUUCGCUGAGGCCGCGGCUGCUCUAUCCAGUAUCGUCUUCGCGUUCUGCGGUAUUCCUGCUUACUUCAACGUCGUGUCCGAGAUGAAAGACCACAAGGACUACUUCAAGGCCCUGUCGCUGUGCCAAUUCGUCAUGACCUCCAUCUACAUCGCCAUCGGUGUCGUCGUGUACUACUACUGCGGAUCGUACGUCGCAUCGCCUGCGCUGGGAUCCGCCGGUGUCUUGAUGAAGAAGAUUUGCUACGGACUCGCGCUUCCCGGUCUUCUUGCGUCCGUCAUCCUGGUCACUCAUCUCGUCGCCAAGUACUUCUUCAUCCGUACUCUGCGUGGAACAAAGCAUCUCAACCACCCCACCGCUAAGCACUGGAUCACCUGGUUCGGCUUCACCGGCGCCGUCUCCCUGACUGCUUAUAUCAUUGCGUCUGCGAUUCCCGUCUUCGGUGGCCUCGUCUCGCUCGUGGGCGCACUUUUGGGCACCCUCAUGAGCUUCCAACCCAUGGGCUGCAUGUGGCUGUACGACAACUGGCACCGGUCCAACCGCGACUGGAAGUGGAAGGGCAUGGUCGCAUGGUCCAUCUUCGUCAUCGUCGCCGGCACGUUCCUCCUCAUUGGUGGUACGUAUGGUUCGAUCGUCGGCAUCAUUGACUCAAUGGGUAACGACGCAAAGGCUAGUAAUUUGCACGGUAAUGAAAGCAGACUGAAUCACAGUACACGGAGACACACGGAGAAAGCAAUGCAACUUACCCUUAGUAUAUCCCAGAUGCGUAGGAGCCCAGUACUUAUGCUCCGCCUCCGGGUGCAACGGGCUUCUUAUCUGGUUACACCUCCACGCCCUACAGCCCUACAACCUCUCUCCGCAACUUUCCCGCAGGAUAAAGCAGCGGAGAAGUGGGUCUCGCACACCGACUUCGCAACUCCCCUCUGGAACGACCGGGGAAAUCCAAAAACCCGGAAAGUCAAAUGCGACGAGCUCAAGCCAGUAUGCAAGCGAUGCUUCUCCACAGGUCGCACAUGUGAGGGCUACGGCAUCUGGGGUGGAGGAGGAAACGGGUACGCAGAGCGCUAUGGUAGCAAAAAGAGGUGUACCCCGUCGCUGCACCAUCACUUCCCGGCCGCGAAGCUCGAAUUGCGCAAUGAAGACCAGGAAUAUCUGGACUGGUUUCACCAUCGCCUUGUGCACGACUUGAGUGGUCGGCUGGCAGAGGGGUUCUGGACGGCGCUGGUUAUGCCUACGCUGCUGAACGAGCCUGUCAUCGCGCAUGCGGCCAUUGCGCUGAGCUCAGCGCAUAAGAACGCCGUUUUGGCAUCGGAUUACACGCAGCUGAAAUGUGAGCUUCUUGUCAUGAGGCAUUACAAUGAGUCGUUGCGACACCUCCAGUCCGCGAUUGGGCUUGGUGGAAAGACGAUGUCUGGUCUCGCAUUAGUCUCCUGUCUGCUGUACACUUUGCUAGAGCAGGUAAGAGGCAGGAUUGAGCAGGCCGAGAUGCAUCUACAGAGCGGAUUGCGGCUGUUGAAGGAUGUUCACCAAAGUCUAUGUGUCAACAUGCAUGGAUUGACUUUGCUGAAGAGAAGCACAAGUGUGGAUAUCGACCAGGUCAAGAUCAUGCAAGGAUUCGCAUCGCUCCAUCUAGAAUCGCAAUUCCUCGGGACUAGCUCACCCGGCAUUGACAUCCUCGUGCAGUCUUCUGUUGAAGAUGUGCCGUCACGCACCUUCAAAUCGAUUGAAGAAGCUCGGCACUCGCUGAACAAACUAGUUCACGCUAUCCUGCUCAUCUCGCGGCGUUUCCUCCGAAUGACCGCAGCGGAGCGUGAGGAUCGACUGAAGAGGGUCGACAUCCACAAUCAGGCGCUGGGCUUACUCCAGGACUGGCUGAAAACGUACAAGUCUACAAACUUCUGCGUGAGGAAGAAAGAUCGCGACCGCCAAGUUGGACACACGAUACUGCUCAAUCAUUACGAAAUGGCACUCAUCAUGUGGGGUCACAUAGGCUGCACCUCAGAAUCUGGGUAUGAGGACCAUACUGCAAAGUUCCUCGCCAUACUGGAGCAUUCGGUGGAAAUCUGGCACUUGUUGCCUUCACUGUCUGCAACCGAGAGCAAUAGUUUUGGCGACAACUUAGCUACUCCGUUGUUCUUUACAGCUCUCAAAUGCCGCGACCGUCGCAUUCGAUUACAAGCCAUCAGACUACUCAACACCAUCCCCUUCAGCCAGGGCGGCUGGAGUUGCCUGUUGAUGUCCAAGAUUGCCGCAGAAAUUGUGACAUUAGAGCAAGAUGCUUUCACAGCCCGCUUCCUGAAAGACGGCUUUGAUGUCACCGACACUCAGACUUUCGCUGGCGUUGAGACUUUCCCUCAAUCGUCUUCGAAACUGAUUCAUGAC